AAGAAAACAAUAAACAUUUCUUCAAAUUCUUCUUCUUCUUUUCUGUUCCUAACAUAAAAAAAGGAAGUGUAUAUUCUAUAAACCCAAAAUUCAUAUGGGACGAGGUGGCAAGGAGGGAUAAUGUUAUUCCGGUUGGCCAUUCAUUUUAAGGUUGGAUGUUCGGCAGUUCAUCCAAUGAUACUAUUCAGAUUGGUCCCCCCACAAAAUCCGAAGAGGGAAAACUUCACAAUGUAAUCCAUACUGUAAACUACGUCCACGGAUGGAACCACCGCUAUCCAAACAGCUACUUCGGGAACAUUAUUAGCGAACGAGGUGCAACCGAACCGAGCCCAUUUCUAGACACUGAAAAUGGAUUUGCUUUAGCUGAGACACUGAACAAGGUGAGAGACGCCAUAAGGAAAGUGAACGCAGACUCCGUACUGAAGAAGCUCCAAGAAACCAUCUUCGGGCACUCUACAAGUGUCAUGAAAAGGAGAUGUGAUGAGCUUUCGCUUCAGAUUUCGGGUGAGGGUCCCAGCUAUCAGCUCGAUUAAAGAGAACUUGGCUGCCUUCUUUGACACCAAAAGUGGGGAUGGAAUAGAAGCAUGGAUCAACCUGAACGAUGAAGUGAUGGUUAAGUUCUAAACUGACAAGGAGAUCCUUUCAUAUGUUUCAUAAUUAAUUCUGCAUUUUCAUGCUUGUCUUUCAUAUAAUCUGUUCUAUCUCGUCUUUCAUGUAUAUUAGUGUUGGUGUGAUUGCAUUUAAAAGUUGAAUCAAUGAUUGGGAGACUA